UUUUGACAUCUCGUCUUUGCCCGUAGAUCUCGCCUCGUUCCCUACCAGGAAAAAUGGCUAGUGCAAUAUUUGCCAGUAGCUUGCGUGAACAGGUCGUCGGGUUGUUGAUGGGAGGCACGGAUACAAUGUGGGUGUGACAGCUGCCAACGGCAUGCAGUCUCGAAAUUUGGAAACGAGCCGUCUCCAUGGAUGCACAGGAGGCCAGGAGAAGCUGGACCUAGUCUCUGGGUUAUUCAGGUGGGCCUCGAAAGGCUAUCCUGGACCAUCGGCUAUAGGAGGUUCAGAUGUACGGGUUUCGGCUGGACGAGGAGCUUGGACGAAAGGAUUCGUGGGUGCAGGCUGUGAGUGUUCCGGGAACUUGAAGUCCAUGUUCAAGCUGUCGACGGGAGCAGGUCACACCGUCCGACCGAGCCCGGACGUGCCACGAAGGGUAGAGUCUGCUAAGCAGGGGUUGUGGAUGGACAACACGACCUGACACACUGCCUUAGCCCGGGGCGCAGAAGGCCAAGUCUGGAGCGUGGAGAGCCCCAGGAUUCCCUGACUCGAAUCAGAGGUUUAUAGAAAACGGCAAGGAGGUGAAGGAGCGACUCAACGAACGACCAGAGUUCAUAGCGGUCCACACCAAGAAGCGAAGGAUUUUGUUCUCUGCCUGCUCAAGGUGUGCCGUCGAGUCUCGCACAUUUUGCAAGGGCUGGGAUAUUGGACGAGGUGCUGUAGGAAAAAUUUGACGCAGGCGGCUGGUACGUACCGUUUAAAGAGGCAGAAAGGCACAGGUUCGCUUCGUGGGAGGCGCACAGCUUAAGUUGAGCUGGCCUAUUCUAGUAUGACUUACGUACUACUAGUACCAGUAGCAGUACUGUACCUCAGCUACCCAGCUACAGCUACCUGCUAGUGGCACAGUUAGCCAUGAGGUAGGUAGGAGAUAGGUGAUACUUCGCUACCACCCUCCUUCCACAACCCAUAAUACACACUUCGAAACCCAGGAUGGUG